UUUUUUUUGAAAAAACGCACCGGGGGACGGUUGAUGGGCGUUAUGGAACGUUUUAUGGGGGAAAACGCCCAAAAACCCUUCACUACGGGUGGGCUAACUAUUGGUCCUAAAAAAUAAACCACAUAGAUCUAGGGAUGGCAAAAAUUACACUUCAAGUUUCAACACUUUUACAAAGUCAUUCUAAAGUCUAAAUAGGAACUCUUUUAAAUACAACUGAAUCAAACAACUUAAAAGAUCAACCUCUUUAUCAAACAGGUUAACUGGACAACUCGUUUAUUGAAUGAAUCGUGUUCAUAUCAACUUGUUUAUUAAACGAAUCGUGCUUGAGUUAACAUGCUUAGUAAACAAUUAACGUUAGUUAACCUAAAACCUGAUUAUUUACGUGUAUCUUGUCAUGAAUUCCCACCCCUAAAUUCAAUGUAACAUAUGAAUUUCCAUUUUAAUUUAACCAAAGUCAUAGAUUAAGACCAAUGUAAGAUGAAAAUAAAGAGCAUUGCCAUAUAAGCAGCGGUGGUUUCACAUUUCACCAAGAUAUUUUAUAGUGAUUUAGAACAAGAUAGCGUAAUUAAUAAAAAUCAUACAAAGAUAAAUUAUUGUUUAUAUAUUUAUUAACAAAAGAAAAUAAACAACAAUAGCCCCAGGCGAACACCUCCCUCUUUUCUUCCCCUCACGCCUCUACAGCGCCCAAGAGAGGGCAAGGUUUCAGGCCCUCGCCCUCUACUAACGAAAGAAAAUAAACAACAAUCGCCCCAGGCGAACACCUCCACCUUUUCUUUCCCUCACACCUCUAUAGCGUCCAAGAGAGGGCGAUGGCCUGGGCGAGGUUCCAGGCCCUCGCCCUCUACUAACAAAAGAAAAUAAACAACAAUCACCCCAGGUGAACACCUCCACCUUUUCUUCCCCUCACUCCUCUACAGCGCCCCAAGAGAGGGCGAGGUUCCAGGCCCUCGCCCUCUACGUGGCGGGCCGUCGCGCUCCUUUCUUAUUUCACGACACAUGUCCCAACUCCAAAACCUCUAAAUUAAUUUCCACAAAGGUCCAAAAGUAUGGUGAUAACGUGGCAUUGAUUCAUUGGACAUGUGAUAGGAACCAUAACAAUUCACAAUUCACUUCACUUCACUCGUGCCCAUAAAUACCCCCCCAACCCAUGAACCAAAUCCCACACACUCAUCCCCAUUGCAUUUGCAUUGUUUGAUCCCAUUUCUAUGCAGCAGAAAGGCAGAUCAUUCAACAGCAGAUCUCGUUCCUUUUCAAGAUCCCGUCUUGCAAUCGAGGGCUCAUAAUCACCCCCGAUUUUCCCUCAAAAAAAAAAAAAAUUAAUUUCUCGUCCCAGUUUCAAUUAUUUCCUUUUUCCAUAACAAUUAUUAUUAUUUUUAUUAUUAUUAAUCUACACCAUCUUGAUCCAAAUCUCUGCAAUGGCUGCUGUUGUUAAUGGAGGAGAACGUGAGGUUCAGAAGAAUUAUUGGGUGGAACACUCUGCUGAUCUUACUGUGGAGUCUAUGAUGCUUGAUUCACAGGCAUCUGAUCUUGAUAAAGAAGAAAGGCCUGAGGUACUGUCACUACUCCCACCCUAUGAAGGGAAAACUGUCCUUGAAUUAGGAGCCGGUAUCGGUCGUUUUACCGGUGAACUAGUGAAAACUGCAGGCAAAGUCAUAGCCCUUGAUUUCAUUGACAGUGUGGUUAAAAAGAAUGAGAGCAUCAACGGGAACCAUAAGAAUGCCGAAUUUAUGUGUGCUGAUGUCACCUCACCAGACCUCAACUUUCCAGCUGAAUCAAUGGAUUUGAUUUUCUCGAAUUGGUUACUGAUGUAUCUUUCUGAUAAAGAGGUGGAAUAUGUUGCUGAAAGAUUUUUGAAAUGGCUGAAGGUGGGAGGAUAUAUAUUCUUCCGAGAGUCAUGCUUUCACCAGUCUGGAGACCAUAAGCGAAAGCAAAAUCCCACACACUACCGUGAACCUAGGUUCUACACCAAGGUCUUUAAGGAAUGUCACACCACUGAUGCAUCUGGUAACUCUUAUGAACUUACGCUAACUGGAUCGAAAUGCAUUGGAGCUUAUGUACGCAACAAGAAAAAUCAAAAUCAGAUCUGCUGGAUAUGGCAGAAGGUGGCGAAUUCGGAGACCGAUAGGGACUUCCAGCAGUUCUUGGAUAACGUACAGUACAAAAGCAAUGGCAUACUGCGCUACGAACGCAUAUUUGGACCAGGGUUUGUGAGCACAGGAGGAAUAGACACGACAAAAGAAUUUGUUGCAAUGCUGGAUCUGAAACCGGGGCAGAAAGUUUUAGACGUUGGAUGUGGAAUCGGGGGAGGCGACUUCUAUAUGGCUGAAAACUUUGACGUUGAUGUUGUUGGCAUUGAUCUUUCUGUGAAUAUGAUCUCUUUUGCUCUUGAACGUGCAAUUGGGCUCCAAUGUUCAGUUGAAUUCGAGGUUGCUGACUGUACCAAGAAAUCAUAUCCCGACAAUUCGUUUGACGUCAUCUACAGUCGUGACACCAUCCUCCAUAUUCAAGAUAAGCCUGCACUGUUCCGGACCUUUUUUAAGUGGUUGAAACCGGGUGGCAAAGUUCUCAUCAGUGAUUACUGCCGAAAAUCUGGAAAACCGUCUGAAGAUUUUGCAGCAUACAUCAAACAAAGAGGAUAUGAUCUUCAUGAUGUACAAACUUACGGGCAGAUGCUUAAAGAUGCUGGCUUCGAAGACGUGAUAGCAGAGGAUCGAACACAACAGUUUAAGGAAGUCCUCGAGAGGGAACUGGAACGGGUGGAGAAGGAAAAGGACGAAUUCGUUAAUGACUUUAGUGAAGAAGACUACAAUGAUAUUGUUGGCGGUUGGAAGUCGAAGCUGGUGAGGGUUGGUUCCGGGGAGCAAAAAUGGGGCUUGUUUUUCGCUAAGAAGAAGUGAUUGCGUGCAGUUAUGGGUGUUUUGUUUUAUAUUUCUAGUGUUCUGAAAUAAAAGACUGGUGCUGAGGCUCGGUUAUGUUGUGGGUUGUAACUUAAGUACUCUGUGUGUAGAUCGGUAUGAUCAGUUGUUUGAAGUUUAAUGCAGUGUGUGCUUUAUAUGGAACUUGCAUUUGGUUUUAUA